AUGUCUACACAUCAAGUUAACUUUGAGCAUUGCGCUCGAAGAUGUUUUGAAAUGCAUAACAACAAUGAAUUGAAUGCAUUGCUUCAGAUAGUGACAGAGAUUAGAGAUAAUAUUGAAGUAAUACAUUCGAGUGAAUACAGUUCGUUUCUUCAAUUUCUAUUUCCUGUCUUUUAUAAUAUCGUUAGACAAGGGAUACCUGUACAAUUCGAUGCAAAUUCAACAGAACAAAAGAUUAGAAAUAUAAUUUUAGAGAUAUUGAAUAAGCUGCCAAACAAUGAGUUGUUGAGGCCGCAAGUUCAACACUUGUUGCAACUUUCAAUGUAUUUGCUUGAGGUUGACAACGAAGAUAAUGCAAUCAUCUGUUUGCGUAUCAUUAUGGAGCUGCACAAGAACUACCGUCCUAAUCUGGACAGUGAGGUUCAACCGUUUUUAAAUAUCGUACAAAAGAUGUACAGUGACUUGCCUGCCACCGUCGACAAGCUCUUUAAACAACCACCACCUGCAUUACCAGUUGCCAUCGGUGCAGGUAAUGCUACAACAACAUCUUCUACACCUGGAAUAACUUCGCCAACUGGUGGAGGUGCAGUUGUCGUCGCUACCACUCCAACUGGCGCGCCAACUACAACUACCACCACCGCGCCAACUACAACUACCGCCGUUGCCGCCGCCGCCAAUACAACAUCUUCACCACCACUGGCAGCACCAGGUGCUGGCGGCACAGGACAGCGUAUCACUCCGAUUGUAUCAGUCGUCGGUCUCUCCCAACGUCUCCAAGUUCAUUCCGCUGAUUGUCAAUACGCUCUCGUUGGUUCCGCCGGCGACCGCUCCCACCACACACCACGCACUCUACGUCGACUUUAUCGCUGCGCAAGUCAAGACACUGUCGUUCCUCGCGUACAUCUUGAAGCAGCACAUGGAUAUGGUUCGUCCGUUUAUCGACACGCUCCCCAAGUACGUCAUCCAGCUGCUCCAAUCGUGUCCGGCACAGUCGUCGGCCAUUCGCAAGGAGCUGCUCAUCGCAACGCGUUACAUUCUCUCGUCGGACCUGAAGAUCCGCUUCAUCAACUACCUCGACGUGCUGCUCGACGAGAAGAUCCUAAUCGGAACAUCAAAGACAUCGUACGAAACACUGAAAUUCAUCGCCUACUCGAGUUUGGCAGACUUUAUUCAUCAUAUGCGACAAGAGUUAACACUGACGCACAUCGCCAAGGUUGUGACACUCUACUCGAAACACCUACACGAUUCGACCAAUCAUUUUGGCAUUCAAACGAUUUCCGCCAAGCUAUUUAUCAGUAUUGUAGAAUUUUCGAGUCUUUCAUUAACAAAUUUGUUAGUCUAAAAAAACAAAUUCCACAUCUAUUGAAACAACAGCAAUUAAAUCAACAACAACAACAACAGCUACAAUUACAACAAACACAACAGACACAACAGCAGCAAACACAACAACAGCAAUCAAAUGUAAAUACAAAUGAAGAUAGUUCAUCAUCAUCAUCAACAUCAACAGCUUCAACAACUUCAACUUCAACAACAACAACAACAACAACAACAGCAGCUACAACUACAACAACAACAGCAACAGCUACUACUACUACAACUACUGAUACAAGUGGUGGUAUGCCAGUUAGUGAUCCUGUAAAGGAUUGUAGAGGAUUGCUUAAAUGUAUAAUCGGUGGAUUCAGAAACACGAUUUGGGCAUUGAAUUCAUGUCCGAGUCAGAGACCUAUAAUGACAGCAACCGGUCAACAGAAUAUUCGUUUUGCGCUGCCACCAGUCGAUGAAUCACUCAUGUACAUCAAACUAUUCAAGAAUCUUGUAAAGUGUCUACCGAUCUAUGGAGGUGUCAAUCCUGUACCCAACGAAGAGAAGGAGAACCUCGAACACUAUGCCAACACACUGCUCCAACUGGACUAUCGCACUUUCCAAGAGCUUUUCACAUCGGUCAUGGGAUUCCUCUAUGAAAAAGCAAGCGAAGACCCAACCCUCUUAAUCAUUCCACAAGUUCUAUUGAUAUCUCAACCAAUACAAACCAAUAACCCAAGUAAGAUAUUCUCUGAGAUUUUAGCACCCUUUUUAAAUGAAAAAUUAAAAAAUUUAACACCAAAUGAUAAACCUGAUCCAUGUUUAAUUAGAUUGUUGAAACAUCUUUUUGGAUCAGUUCAAAAUCUCGCCGUUGAAUCGAAACAUUCGGAUUCGCCACACUAUUUCAUGUUGCUAAAGAUUAUCUUUAGAAACUGUGCGAAAUCCGACUUCCACAAAGACAUAACCUUGUUGUUCCCAGCGAUUCUCGAGACUCUCAAUGAGUUGCUAACGAGUUCCUAUUCACAAGAGAUGAUCUAUCUCUUUAUUGAGCUUACACUCAUCAUCCCGCUGAGAACAAGUUCAUUCCUGCCUUGUAUACAUCUGUUGGUUCGUCCGCUGAUAAUGGCACUGCAAUCGAAUUCAUCGGAUCUACUCUCGAUUGCAUUCAGCACUAUUGAGGUGCUCAUCGAUAAUAUCACCGGUGACUUCCUCCUGAACAUAUUCAAGGAGCACAAAUCAGAGUUUCUCCACUCGAUCUGGAUACACUUGAAGCCGACGCCAUACUUUUUUGGACCGCAUGCAGUCAGAGUCCUCGGAAAGAUGGCCGGAAAAAGUAGAACGCCAACCGUCAUCUCUGGAACACCGCUAUUCACAAGCAAACAAGUGAAUCUCGAUACCUUUAGAUUGUUGAUGCCCAUCGACUCCGCCACCAACACCCACAUCAAUGUUUCACUUGACAAGACGAUCGAGUCAGCCACCAAUCUACUCUACGGAAACUCAUCGGAUUCAUUCAUUCAGACGAAUGCAUUCAAUCUCCUCAAGUCUAUUGUCAGUCUCAAGCUAAACACCAAGGAAUCAUUGAAUUCACAUGCAUCGGAAAUCUACAAUACCAUCCAAUCGAACAAACAACUCGAUAGCAAUGUCAGUAUAAUAUUCUCAGAUGUCACCACUUCCAAUAGUUUAUCGAUGGACGUGGUUCCAACUUCUCCUGUUGCCGGUGGAAAUACCGGUGGUAGUUCAAAUCUAAAUUCAUCUUCAUCCUCUCUCUCUAUCACACUGUUGAACACUACCAAGUGUAAAGAUGAGCUGAUUGAAGAGAAGCGUGUUAUCAAGUUGCUGCUCUCUGGUUUCUUUGUUGCCUACGGUUGUGAUGCUCUCAAGAGCGAAUCACGUCCGUUCCUAACAGAGUUAAUACAUUCGUUCUUCUUGGUGAUGUCCACUCGCAGAAUGAAUAGUCCACUGGCCACUGGCGAACUCAAUCCCUAUCUCAUAAUCGAUUCGUUCAUCGAGUUGUUAUCACGUCGCAACUCUGAAUCCAAGAAUGUAUUGUCACUCGAAGAUCAACACGGUAUUCUCGAGAUAUUCUACAAGACCAUCAAUACUAUCUAUGGCGCGAGUAUCGAUAGCUCCGAUGGCAGCGCUGAUUCACCACCACCCAUUUGUAAAUAUCUCAUUGAGUCGUUCAUCAAUCAUUGCUACCAGAGUCACUACGGACAGAAACAUGCUGGCGUUGUUGGUAUCCAAUUCUUUGUUGGCAAGUAUCAAGAGUGUCGUCAAUGGAUGAACAAAUAUCAAACGCAGCUACUCAAGGCAUUGCUACACGUAGUUGACGAUCUUACCUAUUCCGGUUAUCAACCACUCAUUGACUACACCAAUGAAGUUGUUGAAUCGCUUGUUAAAGCAUGUUCUCCAAGUAAUUUAAUUGUUGAACAACCAAUGGAUAUUGACACAAAUAGCAAUAACAACACCAAUAGCAAUGGCAAUAGUAAUGGUGCUGCCAAUCAAACUAUAUCAUCUCCUGUUUCACCAUUGAAUGCCAAUUCAAUUGCAAACACUGAGAGUGUUAUGACACCGAGUGUCACAGCUAUGGAUAUUGAAGCGCAAUCCACACCAAUUCCACCCACUCCUUCGUUGGCCAAUACAAUGUUGGACCAAACUCCGGUGAGUAUUUCCUCGCCGUCUUCACCAAUGACACCUGCACCCAAUGUUGUUCCUCCAUCACCUUACAAUGCUAUGACAACAACCAUCUCUACACCAACCACUGUAUCAACUUCAACUUCCAACACAGCCAAUACACCUGCUGCUGUAGCCAGUAGUACUCCUGGACAACCGAAUGGACCUGUCCAGCAACCUGCAUUACUCCCACCACCACCUCCCAUUAAACCACAUGCAACACUUGCACAACUCGAUGAAACACAACGACCACUCUUUAAAGAUUUCAUCGAGUGUCUAUUCCGCUCGUUGUUUGCCUCACAAUCUCACACUCGCAAGCUCGUUCAACAGAUGAUUCAACUGGUUUCACAAAUCACCAAUAUUCCAAUUCACUUGCUACACGACGAUCCACGUGCAUUCUUUAUGAAUUGUCAUAAUAUAUCGGGUGGCGAAGAUCCAAGCAUUCAAAUCAAAGCAAACUCGCAAAAGAACAUCUCGCUUCUCGCCAAGCUGCGUCAAGCCGGCCUGGAAAUGGCUGCCACCGCAAUGGCGUGUCCAGAGUUUGUAGCGUAUGAGGGUGUCACCGAUGUAAUGAAUCGUAUCAUUCGUACAUUCUUCAAGGCAGUCACCAUUCGUAACAAAGAGAUCGCUGCAAAAUUUGACGAUACCGGCAAGCUUACUCAAGCGGCCAAUCGUUUCAAAGAGACUGAAGAGGUGAGAAUCUGUGCUGCCAUCAUUGAUACUUUCCAUCUCUUGCCGACUGCAGUGAAGCUAUUGGAGCAGACAACUGUCCUCACAUUGAAACUCGAACAGCAGUUGGGUCGUGAGGUGAACAGUCCUUAUCGUGCGCCACUCAUCCGAUUCCUUGCGAAAUAUCCAGCAAAAGCUGUCGAUAUCUUUAUCUCUCAAGCUUGGACCGUUCCUCAGUCGACUCCACUACUCCCGCAAUACGCUACAACCUUCAGGCUGAUUGUCAAAGCCGGUGAUAUCGCUCGUCCCAUCGUUGACGAGCUAGCCAGGAACUAUCAACACUGGAUCGAUGCUAUGUCUACAUAUAACCCGGACUAUCAAUUCUUGGCGCUCAGCUUGAUCAACACUAUCGUCAAGAUCAUUCCAAACUGGCUGACUCUUCAUCGUCCGAUACUCGAUCGUCUCAUCGAUAUUUGGCGUCAUCCAGGUCGCAAAGGCCAAUUGGUGUCCGGUGAUAUCGUAUCGCCAAACCUCAUCAAGGAGACCAGAAUGAUUGUCAAGUGUUUCAUUCAGUGUUGUCGAUUACACCAUGCCGAGAAUGAGUUGCUCUUCUACCUGUUGUUUGCCUUUACCAUUCGUGGUCCAAUCGAUUUCGCAUUCCUGCGUGACUUCUAUCAGAAUGAACUACCAGAGUCGACCACCGUCGAACAAAAGAUAUCGAUCCUCACUGCCUACCUCGAAUUUGCCAAGGCACCGACCACCACUCCAGAACUGAAGGUUCACGCCAUUCAGAAUAUCGUGUCGCCACUCGUUCAAUCGUUCUUCCAGCACGGUCCAAACGGUGCUCACAAGUCACAGGCAGCCGACGAACUUCUUUCUAAUCUGGCACGUCAGUCUCUCCCACUAGAGACAGAGCCAAUCCAAGAUGAGACACUCCUGAUUGAACUUCUCCAACUGGAGACAACUCUCAUAAAGAAUGCUCCACAGAUUCUCAUUGAUGUGCGUAAAGAACUUAUCAAAUUCGCAUGGAAUCACUUUAAGAAUGAUGAUUUCACUUGUCGUCAGACUGCCUAUGUUUUGGCGUGUCGAUUCAUCGAAGCCUAUGAAACACCUUCGAAGAUUGUUUUGCAAGUCUACGUACAACUACUGAAAGCAUUCCAAAUCGAAGCGAAACAUCUUGUCAAGCAGGCGUUGGACAUUCUAGUUCCCACCUUGAAAACCAGAUUGAUUGGUGAUAACAUUAGAAACACUUGGAUCAAAUGGACAAAGAAAAUCAUUGUUGAAGAAUCACACACACCUCAACAACUCGUGCAUAUCCUUCAGCUCAUUGUCAGACAUCCCGUUCUGUUCUAUUCCUCACGUGCACAAUUCAUUCCACAAAUGGUCAGUUCGCUUCCAAAGCUGGGAUUGGUUUCCAACAUCUCACCGGAGAACAAGAAGUUGUCUAUCGAUCUCACAGAGUUGAUUAUCACAUGGGAAAAGUGGCGUUUGAAUCCUCAUCUAAUACCUUCGGGUGCUGGUGUCGCCUCGUCUUCUUCGACCACCACCGGUUCGACACCGUCCACUAUCGCUUCGGUUCCACCAGUCACACCAACCACCGAAGUCAGUGUAACAACACCAAGUCAACAGGUAACCACACCGAUCACUCAAUCGGCAGACGACGAGUAUCGCCCACCUGCCAACGUAGUGGAACACAUUCUCCAAUUCCUCAUUAGACUCAUGACCAAUGCAACCGAUGCCAAAAACACUGCACUCGUCGAGAAAUGUUCUGAACUUUUGCGUCAAUCGCUCUCUAUUUGGCCGGACGCAUCAAUCAAAUUCUCGGCGUUUGAGAAAUCACUGGCCAGUGACCAAGUUCUCAUUCUCUCGACCACUCUAAAUAUUUUGAAUAUUAUCUUGGAGUAUCAGGUUGCCACUUUUGUGCCGGCGAAUCUUGCCAAUCUUCCACAAUUCCUACCGUCGAUCAACCAAGACAAUCCAAAGAUUUCUCAGUUGAUUUGCUCGAUCAUCAAGAAGAUGCUCGUUGCAUUCCCGCUUGGUAAGGAGUCGACUCAUCCUGACAUCAUCAGCUUCUACAACUCUGUCUCAACGGCAGUCGGAUGGAAUCUUUCCAACUUUGAAAAGAGUUUGAACGUUCAGACACUCUCGCUGAUUGCCGUCUUCAAAGAGGAUAAUCCCGACUGGAUCGAACCACACCUACCAAACAUCAUAAAGAUCAUCCAUCGUCUCACUAGCUACUUGCUCAGUCCAGAAACAGUUCCAACCAUACCUGUACAACAGCCAGCCAAUCCUGUGCCCGCUCAGCAGCAGCCACCACGACCGAACCAACCCGCUGCACUCAAACCACCUGCCGCAGCACAAGUCCAAUUCCAGCCGAAACGCUCUGAAAAAGAAAUCAUUGCCGCGCUCUCAAAGUGUUUCAAUUUGAUUCGACAAAAGAUUACCAAACUCUCUGCCGACCACAAAAAGAUAUUCCUCCAAUCGUUGCUGGUGUUGCUCGAGCGACACAACGAUAUCGAGCUACUCACAGAGUGUCUCAAUUUCACCACACAAUUGAUUACACAAAAGGAGUAUGCAGGUGUUUUGCAAUCAAAAGAAAAGGUCAAUUUCAUUUUGAAGAUGAGUCGGUUCGGUCAGUUGGAAUCAAAAGACUUGAUUGCCUCCUACUUUAAUUUGAUUCAUCAGGUCUAUAGUGAUCCAACAUCGAGUCGUGUUGAACUCUCACAGUUGGAAUCAGGAUUUAUGCUUGGAUUACGCUCACACGAUCCAAAGAUUAGAAAAGGAUUGUUUGAGAUAUUGCAUCGCUCCAUCAGCUCCACUCCAUACCAGCGUCUCAACUAUAUCAUUGCCAAUCAGCAGUGGGAUCAACUUGGAAAUACCUAUUGGAUUAGACACGCGCUAGACUUGCUCAUAGCAAUUCUACCUGUUGGCAAACCUGUAUCUCUUGUACAGGGUGUUUCAAAGUUCCAAUCGCUCCUACCAAAUGUCGCCGGUCAAUCUGACGUCGCUCCCAAUAUGCCACUCGGAUUCUCAGAGCUACUCAGUGGUCUUGACAAAUGGCUAGAUACUUAUUACAACAAGAAUGCAACAACAGCAGCUAACAAUGUUGAGUCGUCGAACCAGAUUAUCCAGACGUUGCUAGAGUCGAUAUCCAAGUGUACACCUCAACCAAAGGUGCCUGUCGAGGUUAUCAGUUAUCUUGGUGAACACUUCAACGCGUUCUUCACAGCUAUCAAGAUGUUGGAGUUCAAUGUUCUCGAGGGAACGAAAACACCGGAACAAACAGAGCCUGUUUGGGAUGCACUCGGUUAUCUCUAUAAAACAUUGAACGAACAGGAUCUAUUGUUUGGUCUACUACGUCGAAGAUUCACAUGUGAUGAAACUAAACUUGGAUUGCUUCUCGAACAGUUCUAUAUGUUCCAAUCCGCUCAGGAAGUCUACUUGGCUGCUAUGAACAAGUAUAGUAGCAACGGUGCGAAAGCAACCAGCAAGAAUGAGAAUCUACUCUGGGAGGAUCAUUGGAUUGAAUGUGCCAAACGUUUGAAUCAAUGGGAAGUACUGUUGGACUAUGCACGCUCACAACAGAAUAUGAAUGAGCUGCUAGUCGAAUCCUCUUGGAAGUUGUCGGCUUGGCCCAUCAUGAAAGAAGCGCUUACAAAGUUGGCACCUCUCGAAGACACUGCCUUUAGAAAGAUCCUACAAGGCUAUUCACUCAUUAUCGAUAAGCGAUUCAGUGAUGUCGAUCCAAACAUUGUUAAUUCGAAUCAGUUGAUUCUAAAGCGAUGGGUCAGUCUUCCGGAACGUUCUUUCCAUGCUCACAACAAAGGAUUGAUUGAAAUGCAACAGGUCGUCGAACUCCAGGAAGCUGUGCAUCUGUUGAAGGAAGUUACUCUCUCAAGUCUACCAACUAAUCAGCCAUCUCGACAAGUACUUGCCAACACCAUCACCGACGUCAAAGCGAUCUUUGCCAUCUGGAGAGAACGUCUGCCAAGCAAGGAUGAAGACACCGGUGUUUGGAACGAUCUCCUCACUUGGCGUCAACAGGUAUUCAGCUUAAUUAACCAGGGUGUUGAACAAAUCUCAGAGUUUAUGAAUGUCGGUACCGGUACACCAAACAAACCAAUUGUACUACCAGAGACUGCUUGGACAACCAACAAAUAUGCACACGUCAAUCGUAAGCACCACAUAAUUGAGCUAUGUCUCAAUUCACUGUCAAAGAUGUUCAAUCUUCAAAUUGAAGUUCAAGACAUCUUUUUGAAUCUCAAAGAGCAAAUCAAGUGUUAUCUUCAACUUCCAACGCAUUAUGAAACCGGUAUUUCGAUUAUCAACGGUACAAACUUGGAUUACUUCUUGCCACUUCAAAAGUCAGAGUUUUUCCAACUGAAAGGUGAAUUCCAGAAUCGACUCGGUCGCAUCAGUGAAGCCAAUCUCAACUUCUCGACUGCCAUUCAACUGUUUGAUAACCAUUCAAAGAGUUGGGUAAAUUGGGGUUACUUCUGUGAUAAACAAUUCACCGGUGAAACCUCUGAUCCAGAGAUGAAAGCAUCGUGGGCAGAGAGUGCAAUCAAUUGCUACAUCCAAGGUAUUAGAUGUGAUCCUAGAUACGGUACUAAACUUCUUCCAAGAAUACUAUGGCUACUCUAUUUGAAUGGAUGUGGUGAAGUACCACAUAAUAUUCCUGUUCCUGCUGCUGCCGCUGCUGCCAACGCUGCCAACGCUGCCAAUGCAAAUCCAGGAGCACAACCAACAGCUGCCGAUGGUACCAACGCUGCCGAUCCAAACACUCCCGCCACUCCAGCAGUCAAGAAACCAACAUUGGCACAAACAGUAUUCUCUGCCAUCGAAAAGACUGGAUCACUCAUUAUUCCACAUUGGUUGUGGUUGAGUUAUGUUCCAACUCUUAUUACCGGUGCCUACAUGAGUGUGCAAUUCCAAGGUUAUGGAUUCCUCUGUUGGCAACUCCUCAGUAAGAUUUGUUGCUACUAUCCAAACUACACAUACUAUCAUUUCAGAAAACUGGUGUCCGAUAUCAAACUCAAUCCAAAGAAUCCCAUUCUUACUGCACCUGUACCUGUUGCCAAUCCAACCGGACCAUCUCCACCAGGCCCACUCAAAAUGGCAGAAACACUCUCGGUUGGACUACAGCCAUAUCAUUCUUGUCUGAUCAGUGAAAUCGAUACAAUGUUGAACGGAUUCAUUCAGUUGGCAAACACCAUCCCAGCUGUUCACCACUUUACCGCUUCAUUGAAUCACAUUCUCCUCGAGGCAUUUAGAAUUCAAUCAACAGAGGAAGUUCCAACUACAAUCCGCGAUAUGAUUAAACAAGUAUACCAACACUAUUUCUGUGGUAUGGUCACAACCCUAGAGAAUACUACUCAGCUUGUAGAGGAAUACAAAUCUCAAUUCGAAGUUGAUUUCAUUGAGACCGAAGGACAGUCCCUCUCAAGUUUGAUUGUUAAACUCAUUGAAUGGGUACAAAGAAAACAUUCCGUAGAGUUGUGUACAAUAUACACAAAGGUCGAUUCAUCUACAACCGUUGCCAAUUACUAUGGACAAAACUCUACGGUUCGAUUGGAUAGCCUUGUCCCAACACUUGCAUCUCUUCGUCCAACGCUACUAGAGGUUCCAAGUAUCUACAGGGGAUCACGUGAUCCAAGUGGAGAAUACAAUAUCAAGGUUGAGAGAAUCGGUCUGACUGCACAGAUGGUGAAGAACUCGAACGGUAUGCUCUGUCCAAGAGUUACACUGCACGGUAUCAACGGUAACGCCUAUCCAUUCCUCAUCGAUAUAGACACACCGCUCUUCCCAGCAAAGCAAGCACCAAGAACCAGUGAAAGACGUUCACAAUUCCUUUGUUCCGUAAACAAUCUGCUACUCAAGUACCGUGAGACCAGACGUCGUGGUAUUACAUUCAAUCAAUAUCCAACGUUGAUCCCAAUCAACAACCAAAUGAAUCUGACUCAGGCAAUCGGUGGUAAUGAGCUUACCUCGCUCAUCAAGGUUUGGUCCAAUCAAAUUCCAGAACAAGAAUUGUAUUCGCCACUCUUGAUGUAUCGUAACAAACUCUUGGGAAGUCAAGCGGCUACCUCCACCACCUCUGCCACGCCAGAGAUGACACCUGCCAACGGAACAACAAAGAGUCACAAACCCACCAAACUACAAGCAUUCCGUGAGAUGUCAAAGUACAUGACAGACACUCUGUUCUCAAAUUACAUUCAACGUUAUAUCUCAACCUACCAAGAGCAAUAUGAAUUCAAGCUGGCAUUCGCAUCACAAUGGGGUCUACACUCAUUGAUUUCCUACAUUCUAUUCAGUAAGAUUGCUACUCUCUCACCAUCUGACAUCUAUUUCUCAAGAACCUCAGGAACUGUUUAUUUCGGUAAAUGGAACUCUGAAAUAUGUACAUCAGAAAACUCUGAUUUCAACGAACAUGGUGUGGUUCCAUUCCGUUUAACUCAAAACAUUCGAACAUUCCUCAAUCCUGUAUUUAUUGAGGGUGGUUAUCAGAGUUCAUUGUUGGCCACUUCUAUGUGUCUUUCGGAAUCAAAGGAUCAACUUGUUAACCUUUUAAGUUGUUACUUAUUUGAUGAGAUACUAUGUUGGUACAUAUCUGAACAAAAUUCACAGCAACAACCAAUACCUACAGCUCAACUCUUACAUAAAGAGAUCUUGGACAAGACAGUAAAUGUUGUCAACCAAAUGCUAAAUGCUAGAAUCAAUAUAAUUACUCCACCAACACAACCAGAUAAAACUCUAUUCCUAACACCAAUCAUCAAGAAAGUCAAUGAAUUAAUUCAACUUUCUUCCAAUUCAUCAAAUAUUAGCCAAAUGGAAUCGAUAUCCUAUCCAUGUUUCGAAAUGGAAAAUAAUGAUAAAACUAGUAAUAUAGAUUGCGAACUUGCAAAAAAAGUUUUAAAGAACAAAGUACUUUUAUAUAACAUAGUUGUUCGUUUACCUUUAUUUGAAUUGACAAAGAGAAACUGUGUUAUCUAUUCAACACCUGUUGUUUAUUCACAGAAUAUAGAGUGGACCAACAACAAUAAUAAUAAUGAGGAAGAUAAACAUGGGGAUACAGAGUUAAGAUUGAUUAAAGAUAUUUAUUCUGGUGUUGUCAAUUGUUUUUGUUGGAGUAAGAACAAGGUGCGUCAUAUCUCUGGUGGCUUCAUUGUGCGAUUCGAUUUUAAGAUGGGAAAGGAUUUCCAACAGCAAGAGACACCACCAGCCGACGGAUUUGCUUUCGUGAUACACAACGAUCCGAGAGGAACAUCAGUUCGAAGCAGUUUAACUCAUGGAGGGAGUGGACUUGGCUACACUGGAAUAGGAUCAUCGAUUGCCGUGGAAUUUGAUGACUACCAGUUUAGUGACGAUCCAAAUGACAAUCAUAUUGCAGUACAUACUAAUGGUGUCGGAAUUAACAGCUCAGCACACAAAUAUGCAUUAAGCUUUGCCUCACCUUCAUUCAAACUUUGUGAUUUCAACUAUCAUCAAGUAGAGAUUAUAUAUGAACCAUUUGGAAAGCAAUUGAUAGUAAGAGCAGAUCACAACGAAGUUGUUAAAGUUAACAUCGAUAUCAACAAUACUAUUGGCAUUGGUGAAGAUGAUUCUGCAUAUGUUGGAUUUACCGCUGCUUGUGGAGAAUACACUCAAAAUGUUUUCAUUAAGAAUUGUUCUAUUUAUAGAUAUUAA